AUGUAUUUUAAUCAACCUUUGCCUAUUUUAACAAUUCAACGUGAUCAGUCAUCGAAUCGUCACACGAAAAAUGAUAUCUGUCGAAUAUGUGGUGAUAAAGCAUAUGUUAUAAACUAUGGCGCACUUUCAUGUUCAUCCUGUAAAACAUUUUUUCGUCGACAUGGUUUUCAUUCUCAACAUAGUCUUGAAUGUAAUUUCAACGCAAAAUGCUGUAUAACACAAGAAACAAGAAAAUAUUGUGCUGCAUGUCGUUUUGCAAAAUGUCUUACAGCCGGUAUGGAUUCAGAUUUAAUUCGUAAAGAAGAUCUAUAUGCCAAGCAUCGUCAACCGCAUUCAUCACAAAAAAAUAAAAUAUCUAAAAAGAUAACUUCUAUACCUCAACUAUUUACAUUGGAUCUUCUCUUUAAUGAUCGAUCAUCUCUUACUUCAUUCGACUGGACAAUGCUUUCGAAUGUUAUUAAUGCUUUUGAUAAAUUUAAUUCAGUAUUUCAAACAAGACAGCUUAUUGAAAGCUUUUCAUCUUGGCCACAACAUUUUUCCUUUGAUAUAUCACAAGUACUUUCUCUUUUCGCUAGUUUCUAUAAAUCAACAGAAUCCUUCAUCUCAUCGUCAGCUGAUUUUCAAAUUCUUACACUUACAGAAAAGCAUUCUCUCUAUCAACGAAAUUUACAUGGUGUUUUAAAUCUAUGUGCUACAUUCAUUUUAUCCUUGUCAGGCAUGUUUAAUAUUUCUACAAAUGAUGAUAGUAUCCUAGCAAGUAUACAUGGAUAUGAUAUAUAUCAACAAACAAAACAAAUCAGUAUGAGAUUAGAAUAUGAUACAGCAAUAAUUAAACUUAUGCUCAUUGCACUUGCUUUUUCUUCAAAUUGUUAUAUGGUAGAUAAACAUGAACAUAUGCACAAUGAUAGUUUAUUAUUGGGAACAUUUCGUUUGUUUGGUAGUCAAAAUAUGUAUAUUGAAAUCUUAUGGAAAUAUAUGAUGUAUCGAUAUGGUUACUCUGAAGCUGCAAUUCGUUUACUUAUACUUGUCAAAAUUAUACUUGAUUUAUUGAAAAUGUCUGCUAAUAUACAUCGAACUAAUGAUUUUUAUCACAAUUUUGUCGAUGAAGCUGUCUUAAUAGCUGAAAAUAUUGUGACAAGAAAUGAAAAAGAAGUUGUUAAGUUGUGGGGUAGACCAUAA